AGCGCAACAGGCUAACACAUUGAGGCCGGAUGAGAAGCCACCCAAAUCCGGUAAACUUUCAGCUCAGUGUGGGCCAGUGUUUAGCAGUGUUUGACUGGUUACUAUACUCCGUGUUACUCACUCACACAGAUACUAAGUGAAACCUUGUGAAGAACUGAAUAAUUACCUUAUUUUGGAUUAACCAUGGAUCCUAAUGCUGGAAAUGCAGCUGCUGCCGCUUCUAAAAGCGGUAAAGAUAAGAAGUCUAAGAAGACUUAUGAAGAUGGAGAUGGAAAGAAGAAAUUUACCUUGAAACGGCUUUUUCCUGAUGAGCUGGAGCGGUUCACAAGCAUGCGACUGAAAAAGGAAAAGGAGAAGCCCGGUACGAUGAGCAACAGACACUCAUCUGCUGCACUGUAUGAGAUCCCACCACAGGGGGCCAUGCUGCAGGAUCAUAGUGAUGACUACAUCCUGGAGCUCUUCGAGCAGAUGCUGGUGGACAUGAAUCUGAAUGAGCAGAAACAGCAGCCACUGAGACAGAAGGAUAUUUCCAUAAAGAGAGAGAUGGUCUCACAGUACCUGCACACAUCUUCAGCUGCGCAGAACCAGAAGGAAAGCUCCAAGUCUGCUGUGAUGUAUAUUCAGGAGUUGAAAACCGAACCUAGAGACACACAGCUACUGAGCUGCCUCGAGUCUCUCCGCGUCUCCCUUAACAACAAUCCCGUCAGCUGGGUGCAGACAUUUGGAGAUGAAGGUUUGGCUCUGUUGCUCAACUUCCUCAAGAAACUUCAGGAUGAGAAAGAUGAAUACCCGAACUCUGGUGUUGGAGUAAAAUGCCAACAUGAGAUUAUCCGCUGCCUCAAAGCCUUCAUGAACAACAAGUGUGGCCUGAACGCCAUGUUGAUGUCAGCUGAAGGUAUUCCACUUUUGGUCCGAGCUGUCAAUCCCAGCAUGUCCCACAUGAUGGUGGAUGCUCUUAAACUGCUGUCAGCUAUCUGCAUUCUUGAUCACCCUGACAACCUUCAUGAGCGUGUACUUGAGUCCAUAACUGCACUGGCUGAAGAGAGGGACAUUGAGAGAUUCCAGCCUCUGCUGUCUGGCAUGCGCAAGUCCAACAUUGCACUCAAGAAUGGCUGUAUGCAGUUUAUCAACGCUCUAAUCAGCAGAGGAGAGGAACUCGACUUCAGGAUUCAUAUUCGCUCCGAGCUUAUGAGACUGGGUCUGAGAGAACUGCUUAAUGAGGUCCGGAUCAUUGAGAAUGAGGAGCUCCGUGUGCAGCUGCAGGUUUUUGAUGAGCAGGCUGAGGAAGACUCUGAAGACCUGCGUGCUCGUCUGGACUAUGUGCGCAUUGAGAUGGACGAUGCAUCAGAGGUAUUCCAGGUUCUGCUAAACACGGUGAAGGGCUCUAAAGCAGAAAGCUACUUCCUGUCCAUCAUGCAACACCUGCUGCUGGUGCGCAAUGACUACUUGAUUAGGCAACAGUACUAUAAGCUGAUGGACGAGUGUAUAGCUCAGGUUGUGCUGCACAGGAACGGAUGUGAUCCUGAUUUCAAAUGCAAAAACCUGCAGCUGGACAUCGAAGGAUUGAUAGAUAACAUGGUGGACAAGACAAAAGUGGAGAUCAGUGAGGUCAAGGCCACAGAGCUGGAGAAAAAGCUGGAUGCAGAGCUGACUGCCCGACAUGAGCUGCAGGUGGAGAUUAAGAAGAUGGAGGGAGAUUAUGAACAGAAAGUCCAAGACCUCAGCACUGAGAAAGAAGCUUUCAAAAAUGAAAAAGUGGAUAAAGAGAAAGAAAACCAAGUACUUCAUGGAGAAGUCAGCCAACUCAAAGAAAAGGUUGAUAAAUUGUCAAAGGAUCUAAAGGAAGCCAAGGUGAAAGCCACCAUGGUGCCUGUGUCCAUACCAUCCUCGACGGAUCCCACUGCAGCACAGAAGUCUACAGCUCACCCGACUCCUCCACCACCCCCUCCAUUACCUGGCCAAGAGGGCAUGCCCCCUCCACCACCUCCACUGCCAAGCCACGGGGGUGCCCCCCCUCCACCACCACCCCCUCCACCUCCUCUGCCUGCCAUGGGAGGCAUGCCGCCACCACCUCCUCCACCUCCUCUACCAGGCAUGGUAGGACCACCACCCCCACCACCAGGGCAGGGAGGCAUGAUUCCACCUCCACCUCCUCCUUUACCAGGCGGCCCAGGUAUGCCCCCACCUCCACCUCCACCCCCGGGACUUUCGGGAAUGCCACCUCCUCCUCCGAUGCCGGGGAUGCCUCCUCCUCCCCCUGGUGGUUUUACGUGGGCCGCCCCGGUGCCACAGCUACCGUUCGGCCUGAAGCCCAAGAAAGAAUACAAACCAGAGGUGCAGCUUAAGAGGGCCAACUGGAGUAAGAUCGGUCCUGAGGAUCUCUCCGAGAACAGUUUGUGGGUCGACGCAAAAGAGGACCGCUUUGAGAACAAUGAACUCUUCUCUAAACUCUCUCUGGCUUUCUCCUCCCAGACCAAGACCACCAAAGGUAAGCCCUCGCCUCAUUUUCUUAGUGCAUCCGCCCUGCGCCGCUCCCAUGGGUUUUAUGCUCACUGUGGCUUCUCUCGAGCCUCAUGCUUUGAUGCUGAUGAUAACAGCGAGAGGAGUGGAGGGGGGAGACUCUUCUUCAAAAGAACAGAUGACAAGAUAGCAGCAUUAACAGGCCUUCGUCUCGCCUCACGCUCGCUCCAUGCUCGCUCCACGCUCUUAUCGCAGGAGCAGCGGGCGACUCAGGCUCUUGCAAUUAAAGCAGAGAGAAACGAUUAG